UUUCUCCUUCUCUCUCAUCAGCUACUUCCGUUGCCAUUGCCCUACCAAACCACAAUAACCACCAUACCCUCAUCCACUAUUUCUCUCUAUGUCAUCUAUGAAUUGGCCACCACCACAAAUCAAUACACAUAGGCCCAAUUUCUCUUGGUUGAAGACCCCUGCUCGAUGCGUCGACUUAGUUACCUAAGAAGCGGGGGUACUGUUGAUGAGGUUAAGAGGGCGUCACCCUGUUCGAUUUCGAGGAUUUGUUCGAGUUCUCCCCCAGGUGCAUGCUGUGAACCAGCAACCACUCCCACGAAGAGUAAGCCUAAUCCCAAAAUCUUUGCUUCAAACUAUAACCCAUUUGGUUUAAAGCCCCAACCCUAUACAGGUUCAAUCUCUCACAAUUCUUUGUUAUUUAUGUUGUGUUCUUAUGCAAAUGUGUGUGUUGUGCAAUUUUUUGUAUAUUUGUGUUCUUUAUUUUUGGGUGUUGAUUUAGUAAUGUUGUCUUUAAUUGUAGUAUCUACAUAUAAUUUUUUUCCUGCUAUUUCUGCUUUAUUGUUUUCGCUCUCUUAGUGCCCUGCUUAGUUUCAAAUGCUUUUGCUAUUUAUUAUUUGUAAUAGUAGUAUAUGCAUAAGGUUUUUUUUUUUUAAUUUCAUGUGGUUCGUAUAUUGACGGUAAUGAAUUGGAAAGGACUGAGCAAGAAUGGUGGAUGUGCAAGAAUGGGUAAUGGGAAAUUUGCUGAAUUUGGAGUAUCAAGAAUUGGUGGAUUGUAAACAUUUGGUGAAUUUUGUUGCUUAAUUCCGUGGAAGAGAUUUGUGGGUAAUUUCCAUGGUUAAAGAAUGUGUUGAUUUUUUCUAGUGUUGGGAUUGUCUUUUGCAUUUUAAAAUCUUAUCCUAGUGCUUGAAAGAACUUGACUACUGUUAAUACGGAUACCUUACACUUGUUUUAUUAAAUCUAGUGGUUUUGCAAUGAAAUAGGUGCAAUGAUGCUGCUUUUGAUUAUAUUUAAAACCUCACUUGGAUUUGUACCCUGAUUUGUUGGGUAUCCGAAGAGUUUGAGUGAUUUGAUCACCUUGCUGAUUACAUUGUGAUAAAAAUAGCUUAAGAAAUAUAGAAAUUGUCUUGCACAUUCUAACAUGGAGGCAUUUCUUGCUUUCAAGUUUAUCCCUGUGAUACUUGGCCAACAAUUAUGUAAUGACUGAUAGUGAACAGUAUUUUUAUAUACUAUAUCUAUCUGCUGUUUGACCUUAUUGCAUGUAAGUCAUAAGGUUGUUUAGUUCAUGUUUUUCUGGGGCUAACUAUUGUGUUUUUUCUUGAAUUUAAAUGGCAACGUCCCCGCCAUCGUUGAAUCUGACUGUCCAUUUGGCCAAGAAGAAGAUGAAUAACGUUCACAAAUAGUGUUCAAUAAUAGAUAGUGUGCUGCAUGAUCCUUUUGGAAUUUUGGGGUGGACUUUAUGAUAACCAAGGUUUUUUUUUCAAGGAAUCUGGGUUCAUCUCCAAUACUAACCUAGAUCUUUUUGUACUCUAAAUGUGAAGAGUCACCAAAGUUGGUUUGCUAUACGCAAUACACAGUUGAUUAAUUAGUUAUUCUCUAAUCUGUCAACGUUUACUUGGGUUAUGGGUUUUGGAAAAGUCACAAAUAGUUGUAAUCAAGAGCAUGGACUCCUUCCCUCUCAAGCACAAACACUUGCCCACACACCCACACCAUACAGACACACAGAAAAUUGUUUUUGUGAUAUGUCAAUUUAUGUUUUGUCUUGUCUCAAUGUUUUAUGUUCAGCUGUUCUUAAUAAUUUAACGGGGAUUUCUUUUCCCAAUAAUUUAUUAUUUUCCCUUUGUCUUUAUAGAUAUAUGGCAAUUGAGUUACUUGCUUUUCAAGAUUUAUUAUCUUAAUAGAGUUUUUUAUUUUUUUUUCAGGGUUGGAGAGUGUUGGUGGUUUGUAGAUGAUCUUAUGUUCUUCACUGACUAUCUUUCAUGUAUUAAAAAAAAUCUACUUUGUAUGCUUAUUUUUUAUUGCCUUUUGGGGCUUUUAAAGGUUAAGUAGGUGGUAAUGGAAUUAAGUUACUGUUUUUGUAGUUAGUAGGCGUUAUCCUGAGUUUGAUGGACAGGCUUCUCAAGUGGACAGAGUUUUGGUCAAUGCUUCAGUAUCGUGAAAUAAUUUUUUUUUGAACUUCCGAAUUUUUUGUGGCAGCAUCAACGCCGUCACAA